GAAUGACGGUCGCUUCGAGAUUUCUCUCUCCGUCUCCAAGUCUAAGAGAAACCGCGGAUCGUUAAAAUAUUUGCGUAUCCUCGAACGCCGCCGCUGGCGCUUAUCGUGGACGUUUCCGCGUUAUCUCGUGGGUGUCGGUUAGCUCGAGGCGAUACACGCUGACCCAAAACUGACCCCGUGACUCCCGAUAAAAUCGUCCGGAGUACUGCUUUCGUGAUUCGCUGAAAACGGAGCUCACGAACAUCCGCCGAUCUCUCCGUCAGUGUCCGUCGGCUCGGUCAGCGAGAACAUUCACGUAGCCGUCUCGUAUAUCCGCCGACAUACCAAAAUGUUAUUUCUAAUACUGACGGCGUGUCUCCUCGCCGUGACUCACGCCGGAUGUCCCAUGAGGCCGACGGUGGAACAAACUUCCGCGAGCAGGACGGCAGGCGACGGCGGUUACAGAAUUCUCAUCAGCGGACAGACGAAUGGAUACACUCCGAAUGCAAUUCAUACGAUUAGCCUGCAAGGAUCGCAAACGCACGAGAGGCUACAACAAUUCACGCGCUUCACGCUCACGGUGCACUCGCAGCACGCGCCGAAUAAUCCCACGGCCCGCAUCGGUUACUUCCAGCUGUUUCCAGAUUCCUUGACUACCUUCAACGAGGACUGCAUUAACACGAUCUCCGAGGCGGCCGAUUAUCCGAAGUCCGAGAUCCAGGUGAUGUGGCGGGCGCCGGAAGCCGGCUCCGGCUGCGUCAUUUUCACCGCGAUGAUUUUGGAGAAUAACGUACGAUGGUACGCGGAAGAUGGUACCCUCACCAAGACUGUUUGCGAAUUGACAGACGCGGAAGUUGAUAAUUUGAACGAAACCAGAUGUUGCGCUUGCGACGAAGCAAAGUAUUCGCUAACUAUGGAGGGCAUUUGGUCGAACAAAACACACCCGAAGGACUUCCCUUUCUCUGCUUGGUUGACCCAUUUCAGCGACGUCAUCGGUGCGUCGCACGAACCAAAUUUUUCCUUCUGGGGUAGAGAUCACAUCGCGACGGACGGUUUUCGACAAUUGGCCGAGUGGGGAUCCGCAACGGGCGUGGAAGCGGAAUUGAGAGAGAAAUCCAGGCUUCUUAGAACGCUUAUUAAAGCCGCUGGUCUUUGGUAUCCUAAUGUUAAUACGAAUACGACGACGAGCUUCAGGGUAGAUCGAAAGCAUCCCCUUCUCUCGGUGGCCUCGAUGCUGGGCCCGUCUCCCGACUGGGUGGUAGGAGUGAGCAAAUUGAAUCUCUGUCAGAAGGACUGCACCUGGACGAGGAGUAUGAUAAUCGAUCUUUAUCCCUGGGACGCCGGCACCGACAACGGCAUCAGUUACAUGUCGCCGAAUUCUGAGACGAAACCGCGCGAGAAGAUGAAGCCGAUAACGACGCUCUAUCCGGAGGACCCGCGAUCACCGUUCUACGACCCGUCCGGCAGGCCCAUGCACCCACUGGCCAGACUGUAUUUAAACCGCGAGAAGAUUAUUCCGCGCGGAUGCGGCGAGGAACUGCUGCAGCAGCAAGUAGCCGAGUUGGAAGUGGCCGAGAAUACCGAGGACACGUCGAGACCGGAGUGCCAGACGACGGAUUAUUCGCCGUGGUCGACGUGUUCGGUGACCUGCGGCAAAGGCUUGAGGAUGCGCACGAGGUCGUACAGAAUGCCGGAGAAAGCGGUGAUGUUCAACUGCAAUAGGCAACUGGUUUCGAAGGAGAUGUGUGUCGCGUCUAUUCCCGAAUGCUCGGGAGAAGAGGAGAACGACGACGACGACGUGAUUUCGUUGCAGAGCGACCCGCUUUGCGAGACCACCGAAUGGAGCGAGUGGUCCGAGUGUUCGAGCACGUGCGGCAUCGGUUUGAAGAUGCGAACGAGAAGGUUCCGCGACCGCCGCGGUCGCAAACGGUGCCCGCUCGUGUCGCUCGUCGAGAAGGAUAAGUGUAUGGAGCCGCCGUGUCAGACGGGAACGGAAGAGCAGCUCGAUCCCGUGUGCAAGGUGACGGACUGGUCCGACUGGGCGCCCUGCAGCGCUUCCUGCGGUAAAGGUGUCAAAUUGAGGACCAGACUGCUGAUGGUCGAUCCGUCGCUGCAAGCGGACUGCUCCUCGCGCGUGGAAUUGCUCCAGCAACGGCCGUGUCUUGUUCAGUCGGACUGUACGUUCGACAUGGCGACGGCAAAGGUGGUGUGCAUGGAGGACGCGGAUCCCGGCCCGUGCAGGGGCUACUUCCAGAGGUGGGCUUUCAAUCCGCAGAAAUUAAUGUGCGUGCCCUUCGCGUACGGCGGAUGCCGCGGCAACCGGAAUAAUUUCCUAACGGCGGACGAGUGCGGCAACACCUGCGGCGUCGUGCGAGCUGCUCUUACCGGCCAGGCCUUCAACCAGACCGUAAGCCGAGAGCAAACACCCACCGACUCGUUGAGCCCUCCUCCGCUACCUCCUCCCGUGGAUUGCGUGGUGACGCGUUGGUCAAAUUGGUCGCGGUGCAGUGUCACUUGCGGCGUGGGUCGCGUCACGAGUUACCGUACCAUCGAGCGAGAGGCUGCAAACGGCGGCCGUCCCUGCCCGAAGAAGCUGCACCGUCGCUACCGCUGCGAGCUGGCGCCGUGCGAAUUCAGCGAGAAGUGACGAAUCGAGAGGAGAGAGAGAGAGAGAGCUCUACACUCGACGGCAUUUAAAUAGCUAUAGGUAUAUACGUAGUAUAGAUUAAAGAAUACUCAGGCGAAGGAUCUGUCAAAAAAAGAUAGUUUAAUUACAUCUGCAAAGAGGUAAAUCUCUGUAAAGUUUUAAUCUUAGAACGUACGAGACCUAAGCCAUAUACACGAAUGCAUAACGUGGAUUUAUUGUGUCCCGUGCGCAAUUUGAUUAUUUCUUAUACUUUUUUCCCGCUCGUUUUCGAUUUCCUUCUUAUUACGCCAGAGAAGCGCUAAUGGCAACGAAAGAAAAAGAAAUAAUUAUUUAAAACGUUAAUUUAAUCGCUAUAAAAACAUUUUCGAUUAUCCGUGUGUAUUGGAAACGAAAAUACUCUAACGACUUUACACGUUCCACUUUCGCAAAGUGAAUCCACGUUGAACAUUCAAAUUAAUAUUAAUCGAUGCCUUCAUAGACUAUCAGUGUACAUUACUGCCGGUCCACCAUUGCCGAUAUUUGCCUCUUUUCGAAUUUAAUCGCGUUACAAACACUAUGCUCGCGUUCGAUCCUUCCUACAAAAUGCUGGAUACGAAAAUAAAUGGAUUAUCAGAAUAAGUGAUAUUUUAUUAAUGGCCAUUUCGUUCGCUGCCUGCUGAUUCCCAUCGAAUUUCCCCAAUCGAUAUUACAAAACGCGGAGUCGACGUAAUUGCUUUAUAUCGGAUGAAACGUUUGUCCCUCGCAAUGUAUCCGUUCAAAUUUUAUUUAUCCGAAUCUCCCCGCGUCCGUUUGCAAAUUAAUAUCGUAUUUAUCAAACGAGGUGGUUAACCGUAGUAUCAAAUUUGCUACACGGUGGAAAGAAUGAAGAGGGGUCUGCACUUUUUUUUUUUAAACAAUUCGCUAACAUUGUGACACAAGUAGAUAAAACGCGCUUGAAAUUAAAUUCGGAGCGGACUCGAUAACCAAUUGAUGCUCCCGCUAUUCUCGCGUUUUUGCAGCUGCACGUUUUCGAAAUGUGAUACGUCGCCUCGAGCAACGUAUACGUUUGCGUCGAGCGAUUAAUGCCGCGUCUGUUAUCCUUAAUCCGCGCCUGUUUCGACGUUGCAAUUCAUCGCGCUCAUAAUUCACUCGAAAUUACGAUCAGCUGUCUUUGGAAAACAUUCAAAAUCGAGCCGAUCUUUCUCGACGCGCCGCUACGCUUUUCCAUUAUUUUCCGCGUGACACACGUAUGUACGUUUUCACGCAACUCACAGAUGAUAGUAUGUAUAGAAACACGAGCAAAUAGAAAAUUUUCCGCCACUUUCACACGUCUGUAACCGUGAGAGAAAAUUCGAUUGGAUUCGCAGGACGUUGUCGUUUUAUUCAAAAUAAUAGCCGAGCUCUUAAUCUCGCGCCUAUUGAAAUCAGUUCCACUUGCGGUUUCGUUCACCUUUCUUUUCCCUCCUUUCCUUUCGCAACAAACAUUCGCUAAUUACUACCAACUGGGAAAUCUAGUUUCACACAGUUACGUUAUACAAUCUCAAUAUAAAUAAUACACGUAGGUGGUAUAAUGACUAAAUCACUAUACAUCUACCAAGAGCGCCAAACCGUCACAUUACUGUCCCUUUUCUUAGAUCAUACACUAGUUCUCUAUAUGUAAUAUCAAUUAUUGAACAAUAAAACAUUCUUUUACAGAG